CCGCUCUUAAUGUGUUUCGAAUUUUCAUACGGUGACCGUCAACGCCUUACCAGAAUCAGGGUUGCCACCGAGUAAUUCCUCCGGCGGUCGGAAGUUUCAACCCUCUCCGCACCGCCAUUUUUGCGCCUAAGGAUUUUGUCCUCCUUCUCUGCUCCCACAUUGAAUUCUCAAUUUGUUGCUUCCUUUUUCUUUUGGCACCCUUCGGGAAAGGGUUUCGCUGUGUUUGUGAAUUUUAUUUCGGUGGCCGUAAAUUUGCCCCCUCUUUGGUAAUUGGGAGGGGUAACUGUGGGGUAGUAUCACCAUGUCUACGCCGCAAAGGAGGUCUUGGUCGGAGGCGCUGAAACCCGGGCGUGCUUACCAUCAGACUCCCAAUUCUAUCCGCAGGGUUGCCCCAAGAAUUGAAGAUGGGAGUCUCCUGAGAGGGAAAAGCGUCUCAUUUGCUGAAGCACUGACUCCCAAUGGGGUUGGUUAUGAUUUGGACACUGAAGAAUUGCCGAGCAAGGUUGAGAGGCUUGAGGACGAGUUGUAUGAGUACCAGUACAACAUGGGUCUUCUUAUAAUUGAAAAGAAGAGCUGGAGUGCUCAAUUUGAAGAACUUAAGCAAGCAUUAGCUGACACAACAGAUAAAUACAAACGCGAGCAAGCAGCACACUUGAUUGCAAUCUCUGGUGCUGAGCAGCACGAAGAGAAGUUGAGAAGCACAUUAGGCUAUGAAAAGCAGUGUGCUACAGAUCUGAAGAAGGCAGUUCAGGAGAUGCGUUCUGAAAUUGCUGAAAUGCAAUUUAAGGCUGAUUCAAAGUUGGAUGAUGCAAAUGAACUGGUUAACAGUAUUGAUGAGAAGUAUCUCGAUGUUGAGGCCCAACAGCGAGCUAUUGAAGCUAGGCUAGCUGAAGUGAGCAGAAAGAGUUCAGAGCUAGAGAGGAAAUCAAGGGAGGUGGAAUCCCAAGAAAGCUCUCUUCGAAAGGAGCGCUCCUCUGUCGUAGCAGGAAAAGAAGCACAUGAUACCAGUAUGUCCAAGCAAAGAGAGGAAUUGCAAGUGUGGGAAAGAAAAUUAGAUGAGGAAGAAGAGAGGCUAUCAAAUGGUCUAAGAAUUGUCAACGUAAGAGAUGAAAGGGAAGGUCAUAGUAAUAGAAUCUCGAAACAAAAAAUUAAGGACCUUGGAGAGGCACAAAGGAAGAUAGAUGAAGCAAACUCAAUCUUGAAGAGGAAAGAAGAUGAUAUUACUGGCCGCCAAGCUAAUUUGAUCCUUAUGGAAAAGGAAAUUGUUGCUAAAGAAGAGAAUUUGCGGUUGAAGGAGAAGGAGUUACAGACCCUGGAAGAGAAGUUGAACGAGAGGGAAAAAGUUGAGAUUCCAAAACUCCUUAGUGAGCAUAAUACUAUUUUGGAUGCCAAAAGAUGUGAGUUUGAGUUGGAAGCUGAGCAAAGGAGGACGACCGUUGACGAGGAGAUAAAGAGCAAAGUAAUUGAAUUGGAGAGAAAGGAAGUUGAUAUCAAGCAUAUGGAUGAGAAAUUAGCAAAAAGGGAGCAAGCUUUGGAUAAGAAACUUGAGAAACUUAAGGAGAAAGAAACUGAAUUUGAAUCCAAAUCAAAAGCUCUUAUUGAAAAGGAGAAGAGCUUGAAAUCUGAGAAGGAAAGCAUGGAGGGAGAGAAAGCACAACUGGGAACUGAGAAAGUACAUCUUCUAACUCUCAAAGCUGAACUUGAGCAUAUAAAGGCAGCCAAUGAGAAGCUGCUCCUAAAAAUCUCUGAAGAGAAGGAGCAGCUCCAAAUAAGCGAGGACGAGAGGUCUGACUAUAUUCGCUUACAAUCUGAACUGAAAGAGGAAAUAGAAAAGUGCAGGUCAAGGGAGGAGCUGCUGUUGCAAGAGGCUGAAGACUUAAAGCAGCGAAAGGAGACUUUUGAAAGGGAGUGGGACAAGUUGGAUGAGAACAAAUCUGAAAUCGAAAAAGAGCAGAAAAGCAUUGGUGAUGAGAAGGAAAAGUUUGAAAAGCAAAAGCAAUUGAAAGAAGAAAGGAUAAAACGUGAUUGAAAGGCUAUGGAUGACUUGAUAAAAAAGGAACUUGAGUCUCUCGAGUCAGUAAAAGAAUCUCUCAAGG